CAACAGAAGCCCUUCUCUUUGGCUCUCCACUGUCCUCACUCAGGACUAUUUGCAUGUGGCUGAUCUACGUGCCAUACACCCAUUCGAAACAUGUCGCUAUUCUAGACGCCCGUCAAAGCGUCAACCCACUUCCGUUCGCCGUCUCGCUACAAUCCACCACACCAACCCCCUGAUCGCGCCGCACCAGGGCGGCCAUGGACGACAAUGCUCAAUACCCAGGAAGCUUUGCUUCUGCUCCCCCUCCUCCAUUGCCAAAGGACUAUCCUCCUCUACAACGUCUCCCCUCUCUUUCGGCAGCUUUGAAACCCUUCUCUCAGAUCUCUCCCGUCCGCCGAAAGCCUCUCCCUUCCAACGCCUCGCCCAUCGUUCAGUCUCCCAAGUCUCCUGAGUCAUCACGCCAGCUACCGAGCGCGGACGUUUCACCGGUUCAAGGAAGAUCUAACGAGACUUCACGGUCGCUUGACACCGUAGGAAGGGCGACAUCGAGUAUAUCGUCGGCUACUGUACCUCGAAGAGAUACGAUCGACAUCGACUCGACUCGAACCGCUACGAACGGCCACGUACCUCAAGUCUACACCGAGGACUAUACCAGCUCUCCCCAGGGCCAUCACAAAAUAAGACCAUCCAAUGGUUUCACGGUAGAAACUGUGGUAGAGGAGGACAUGGGUUUGAAGCCUGGCUCGAGGCCGCCGCCUUUGCGGACGGACUCGAGCUCGUCGACAAAAUCAUUGACGGUCGUUGACCCGAAGAAACCUCAAACACCGGGGAGCAAGUUUACAUCCUUCUUCAGCCGCAAGCCUGCCGCCUCCCCAAGCACCGAAUCUUCCGUCACUGAUAUAUCAGACCGGAAAUCCCCUCUUCCAUCUCCGUAUAUUGCAUCACCCAGCGCCUCUAUACGUUCGUCCUCCGGCUUUCCCUUCGGAGCCUCGACCUCCCGAAACGCACAAUCACAGCCCUCCCAAGACUCGAUCGACUUCGAUGGGAGCCCCUAUGUUCAGUCGCUUACCAAUGGCGACGCGGCAAGCAAAUGCCUGCAGCUCGAGGCUGAACUACGUGAGAUCAGCACCGAGCUGGCCAACUCGAUUAAACGCGAGAUGGAUUUAGAAGACCUCGUUGAAAGGCUACAAAGCGAAGGAACAAGCGCCAAUAGAGAGAUUGAUCGAACAAGUGAUUACUUCUCAGACUCGGGCACAAGCUCGAUUCGACCUUCCACUAGCGAAGGCAACCCAAAGGAUGAGAUUCAGAGGAUAAAACGCGAAUCAGAACAACGGAGAGCACAGCUGAAGGUGGAAAUGUCCCAGAAAUGGCAGAAUGAACGAUCAAGUCGGCAAGCCUUGGAGUCUCAUGUCCACAUCUUGGAGCAGAGGCUCUCGCAGUCGCGUCGAGAUCACAACCAGUCCGCAGAUAUCACAGCCAGGGCUAAGGAGCUAGAAAUGGCCCUGGAAGAUGCGAAGAGGAGGCUGGUGGAAGAAAGGCAGACAAAAGAGAACUUCGAGGAUCUGUUAACUGCACUGCGAGUCGACUUGGAGCAACACCGAAACGAACGCGACAACCUACGUGAUGAAGUUGUGCCUCAGCUGCGGUCUCAAGUUGAGGGGUUGGAGGCAAGCUUGUCUGAGUCCCAGAAAUCACCAUACGACAUAACACGAAUGCAGCAGGAAAUCCAGAGUCUUAGAGAUGAGAACGCUGCGCUCCAGAGUGCAAAGGCGAUGAACAUGCAAUUCCAAUCCAUCGCUGAAGAGGGAGGGAUGGGCGAAUCCCCCACAAAGACUUCGUUCUUUGGAGGACGAAGUAUGGGACUGCAGCGGUCUAACACCAUCCACAUGAACAGGUCGAAUUCAAGGGCUGGUAAUAGGUCGAAUUCGUUGUCCAGGUCAAAUUCCAUCAGCAAUCGUGCUACCCCUGAUAAUCAGCAGCCGCUUGCCGACCAGUUGAAGGACGUCACGGACCAAAGGAACGCCUUGCAUACUACCGUGAAGUACUUGUUACGGAGACAAGAAGCUGAGCGGCGACAAUACGAAAAGAGACUCAAACUCGCCGAAGCCGAACGUGACCGCGCAAACUCGUUGCAUCACCUGAAGAAGGGAGGCUAUGAACGUGAAGUUCGGACCUUGCGUUCGGAAAUCAACCUUCUACGCAAGAGGACUGAUGAUGCUUUGGAGCAAAAGUGGCAAUGUGAGAAGGGUCUGUCGGGUCUCAAAAUGGAUCUGGAUCGAAGUAAGCAAGAAACUGCUAGUUUGCAGACCUUGCUACAAGCUCGCGACGACAGUGCACCUGAAGUCCUCUCAUCAACACUGGAGGAAGCGUUGCGUCGCUUACAGCAGCAGCGAGACCAAGCACGGCAACAAGACUCAUUGGGACAGUUGAUGCAGGAAGAAGAACUUGCUGCAGAGCUCGAGUCGUCUGCUCAAAGGUCUGAGGCGUUAGCGACCCAGGUCAGAAAACAAAUGCAAGCAAAUUCCGAUCUGCGGAACCGACUCAAGGACGCGGUCGAAAAUGGUCAAAAGAAUCAGCUAGCCUCAGCAAGUCAGAUCAAUGUGCUUCAAGCUAAGCUUCGGAAACUGGAAGACGUUAUCACCGUUGCCCAGAUGCAGUCCGAAACAGCCGUCAUGAAGCAUGAAGAGGAAGUCCGCGUUAUCCGCGCCAGUAACAACAUCCAGCUGAUGCGGACACGGUCUGGCAGAAAGAUGCCUGGAUUUCUGACUCCUACGCCGAGGUCCCCAUUGUCACCAAUGUUUGUCAACUCGAAGAAGAGCCCGAGAUUGGACCAAACGACCAGUGGACCAGGCAUAGCCCUUCAAGAAGCACUCAAGACCGAGUAUCUAGAGAACAAGGUGGCCGACCUGGAGAAAGCUCUAGCUGAGGCCGAAAAGGAAAUGGAAGAAGUCGUCGGACGGAUGAACACAGCUCAGAUUGGUGUUGCUGAGCUGGAAUCGGAGAGGGACGAAGCCCUCCGUCAAACUCGACGACUGGAAGCCGCCAUUGCGGCUGAGCGCGAGAAAGUAGAGACACUCCUGAACUCAUCGUACGACUACUCCUACCCCUCAGACUACUAAGUCUGCGCGAAUCAGGGGCCUAAACCACAUGGUGCUCGACGCCGUUACGGGCAUAUUUUUCAAUUUUUUUUACCGUUACCAUUUAUGCAUGAGAAGCAUAUUUAGCGACGGAGUUCUUGGUCUGAGAAGCAAUACCAUGCUUCACUUGGAGAGAUCAGACCUGGAUUGGGCUUUCUGAAACUUGUGCCUCAUAUUAGGCACCCUUGAUGGAAGGGUUUUGGUUGCCUUCUGUCCACCACCCCAACGCACGCGCACAGUGCUUGGUACAUGAUUAUACCCAACUAAUAGUAUUUGAAAGAUGAGAUGAAGGGCGGUGAUGAGAUGCAUCAACUGUGGGUUUGGAUAUAGUAUUAUACAUGGCAGGGAUGCUUCCGGCUGGGUUGGGACCUGGAGAACGCCAUCAAAAGGAUAGGCAUAUGCUUGUCUUCAAUAAUACCAUAUCUAAGCACGAUGCUGCAACAAUCUGCGUCUUAUGAAG